UCUUUGUCGGCCUAUCAAAAUUUCAUGACCGUUUCCUAAUAAGGAAUGGAGUAGGAACUUGUCGUAUAAGGGAUGAUGCUUGUGAUCGUGUUGAUGUAAAGAGUUCACAGGUCACAAGUCACCGUAUCGGGUGAUGAUAAUAACGCACUGAGUGAUAUAUAUAAUCACAUACACUGGUUACCGCAGCAAUCACAACAGAAAAAAAUCUCAUUCUAUGUGAGAUAAAACUUGGCAGUUUGGAUUUAUGCUCACCUUUCUUUCAAUGUGAGCUAUUUAUAGUGCUUUACAAAUUGUAACAUUCUCCUUUAAAUUGAUGCUACGUCAACAGGGAGGUCCAGGGAAGGUAUGGUAGAAAACUGAUGGUGCUGUUACUUUCAUUAAUGCUUGGAAGCAGCCACAGCAUCCCAUUCGUUGUUGUGGAGUUGACAAACCAGAAUUAUACAUCUGAUAGCGCUGUUGGCAGUUUCCAGUAUGUCAACAGCCGCAUCGAAACUAAGCGAUAUCAGUUUGAACAUUGCUCUGCUGCUACAGAUUUGCUGCUAAUGAUCGGUUUGCCAUCUUUGGAUGCACAUUACUACUAAGUGUUAUUGAUCAGUGGCACUUUUUACAUACUUGUAUCUAUUCUUCGCUCUUUUUCCUGACGUCGCACAUGCUAAAAAAUGAUACAAAAAGCAGUGAAGGAAAACAUCUGGUGGGG